AUGAGCUACAACGACAACAACGACUCUUACGGCUCCGGUGGCCGCUCUGGAGGUCGCUCCGGUGGCUUCGGAGGCAAUGACGACUCCUACGGCUCUGGAAACAACAACAACUCCUCUUAUGGAUCCGGUAACAACGAUUCCUAUGGAUCAAGCAACAAUGAUUCCUACGGAUCCAGCAACAACGACUCCUAUGGAUCAUCCAAGAACAACUCCUCCUCCUUUGGAGGAUCCUCAGGCCGUGGCGGUGACUCCUACGGCUCUGGUAACAACGACAGCUCCUACGGAAGCUCUCGUGGUAACUCCGACUCGUACGGAUCUAGCAACAAUGACUCUUAUGGGUCUAGCAACAAUGACUCGUACGGAUCAAGCAACAAGAACAACAACGACAGCUCCUAUGGAAGCUCUCGUGGAGGUCGUGACAACUCCGACUCCUACGGCUCCAGCAACAAUGACUCUUAUGGAUCAAGCAAGACCGACAGCUAUGGAUCCGGUAACACCGAUUCCUACGGUUCUGGCAACAAGGGCAGCUCCUACGGCUCCAGCAACAACGACAGCUACGGCAGCAGCCGCGGCGGAAACGAUUCGUAUGGCUCUAGCAACAACAACAACAAUAGCUCUUACGGCUCUAGCAACAACGACUCCUAUGGAUCUAGCAACAAUGACGAUAGCUACGGCGGCAACAGCGGUAGACGGGGAAACAAUGACAACUACUAA